AUGGAUCAAAAUUUGUUUGGAGGGGUCCCCAGGUUUCUUACCCGCCCUAAGGCAUUCUCUGUGUGUGUUGGCAAGGAUGCCACACUGAGCUGCACUAUCGUGGGCAGCCCAACCCCACUGAUCACCUGGGAAAAGGAAAAGCUGAAGCUGACAUCUGGGGGCCGCUUCAAGACCAUUGGGGAUGGAGAUGUGUACCGCUUGACCAUCUAUGAUUUAACACUGGAUGAUAGUGGUCAGUACAUGUGCCGGGCCAAAAACAGUGUUGGGGAAGCUUAUGCUGCUGUAACCCUGAAAGUGGCCUUGCCAACAGAGAUGGCUCAGAGGGCCCCUAUCUUCAUAGUUAAGCCUGCCUCUACACGUGUGGAUUUGGGAGGUGAUGUUGUUUUCCACUGCCGCGUAGCAGCAUUUCCUGAUGCCAACUUUGACUGGGAAAAGGAUGGGCGCUACUUGGGGGAGACUAACCGCAUCAAGAUGGUUUCAGACAGCGACACCAGCACCUUAAAGAUCCAGAGUGUACGUAACCUAGACAGCGGCACCUACACCUGCAGGGCCCAGAACACUGUGGGUCGUUCACAUGCUGCAGCAGCUCUUGUCGUAGACUCCCAGGAUUCCCGCCGCCUGGCUGGAGACAAGAGCACCUCCCUCCUCUCUCAUCUACAAAAACGCAAAGAAGAAAUGAAGAAGGACAUCACAGUCUAUCGCACUGAAGAUAGCUCCUCGGUUUCUUCCUCCACAACCAACAUCACCGAUGGUUUGAGUCUGGAAUAUGAGAUGAGAGCAUCUGCACUGGCAAAGCUGCCCAAAGGUGUCUUCACCCGUACCUGCACUGUGACUGAGGGCAAACAUGCCAAACUCAGCUGCUUUGUGACAGGUCACCCCAAACCCCAUAUUACUUGGAGGAAGGAUGGAUCAAACAUCAGUGAGGGCCGUAGGCACGUCAUCUAUGAAGAUCAUGCUGAGAACUUCAUCCUCAAGAUCCUGUACUGCAAGCAGGCUGACAAUGGUCUCUACACUUGCAAUGCUACCAAUAUGGCCGGGCAGACCUACAGUGCUGUGUUGGUGACAGUAAAAGAGCCUAAGGUCCCAUUCAGGAGGAAGCUGCAAGAUGUGGAGGUUCAAGAGAAAAAGUCAGCCACACUGACAUGUGAGGUGCCUGCCAGUGCCAGCCAUGCCAACUGGUUUAUGGAGGAAACUCGUCUGGAGGAAAAUACAAAGUAUCGUAUUGAGGAAGAAGGCACCCUGCGUCGUCUCACUAUACACAAUGUCACCACCAACGAUGAUGGCGUUUAUAUCUGCGAGAUGAAAGAAGGCAGUCGCACUGUGGCUGAGCUCACUGUCCUAGGCAACAUUACUAAAAAGCUUCCUCGAAAGACAGUAGUUCCUGUCAGUGACACUGUCAUCUUCUGUGUGGAGCUGGAGCAUCCCUUCCCUGAUGUAUACUGGACCCGCAAUGGCGAGAAGCUAAAGGAAGAUUCCCGUAUUUCCAUUGCGUGUGUGCUCAGACAAUACACUCUCACAAUUAGAGAGUGCAGGGCAGAUGACUCAGGGGAGGUGGCCUUUGUGGCUGGAGACUGCAAGACGUCCACUCGAUUCUCCGUCACUGCUGCAAGGAAGCAUCCUCCUGAUCCCCCAGUUGAUGCUAUGGUGCAGAACAAGACUGACUCAUCCAUCACCAUUCAGUGGUCUCCUCCUGACAGUGAUCGCCCCGUGCCCAUCAAGAGCUACAUUGUGGAGAGGAGGAAGGUUGGCGCUCAGACAUGGCAGAGGUGCAAUGCUGGAGAAACACUUAUCUCAUCAGAGAUCACGAUCUGUAACUUCACUGAAGAAGCCAGCUACGAAUUCCGUAUCUCUGCUCUCAAUGACUUCGGUCAGAGUCCCUACCUGGAAGUGCCUGGAAGCUUCUAUCUUGAACCCACUGCAGAAGUCAGGAAAGGCCUGAUGAACAGCACUGCAUUCUUUGGUGAGGAGUUCUCUAUCUCUGUGGAGCUGUCUGCUGUCUGUUCUGGCUUCUGGUCUCUAAAUGGGCGCCUCCUGCGUAGUGGAGGCGACUACCUCAUCACCAGGUCCAAGAACACUCACACUCUGCUCAUAAGAGACGUGACCAUGGAAAUAAAUGGAGCUGAAGUCAAGUUUGUGGGUGGAGGCUCACAGAGCAGUUGCAUCAUAACUGUGAAGGUCCCUCCUGUUAGAUUCACUAAUAAGUCAGAUGAGAAGAAGGUGGUGACCUGCAGUGCCCAAGACACUGCUCAGCUGACUGCUGAGCUGUCAGAAUACGAUACACAGGUGGUUUGGAUGAAAAAUGGACGGGAGUUGAAAAUGGGCAAGAAGUAUGAAUAUGUGAGCACUGAACGGAAGCGGAUCCUGAUGAUACACAAUGUUACAGAGGAAGAUGUGGGCAUAUAUGAGUGUGUUUUAGCUGAAGACAGAAUGUCCCUGCAACUCACUCUUAAAGAUGAACCUGCCAAGUUUCUGAACAAGGCCAGAGGUACCAUGGGAAUGUCAUCGACCCUUAAAGGAGAUCUUGAGCUGACCUGUGAGGUUUCUCCUGCCAGCGCAACUGUUUUGUGGAGAAAAGAUCAAGUGGAGAUCACUGAGGACCAAAGAACUACCAUGAUCUCUAAAGGGACUCAAAGGAAACUCAUUAUCAAGAAAGCCAAGAAAAGUGACGAAGGGCAUUACUCCUGUGAGACAGCAGCAGACAAAGUCACAUUCCAGGUCAAGAUAAAAGAAACUCAAGCCCAAGCUGCCUUCACCAACAAGGAGUCAGUCCAGCAGGAGGUAAAAGCUACUAUCUCCCAAAAAGCUACUCUUAGUUGCAAUGUGUCUGACAGCAAGACAGAGGUGAAAUGGUAUAAAGAUGGCAAGCAGUUGAUAUCCAGUCAGACGAUAUACUCAGAAACCAAAGGCAAUACCCGUCAACUGGUGAUUGAAAAGGUGGAGAAGAAGGAUGCUGGAGAGUAUACCUGCGAAGCUGGAGGAGAUAAGCUGGUCUUCAAGAUAUUUGUGUCAGAGUACCAGUCAGCAUUCUUCAACAAGGAAUCAGUCCAAAAGGAAGUGAAAGCCACUCUCUCCCAAAAAGCCACUCUUAGUUGUGAGGUAGCUGAUACCAAGACAGAGGUGAAAUGGUACAAGGAUGGAAAGCUGCUGACUUCCAGCAGGACAAUACAUGCAGAGUCAAAGGGCAAGAGUCGCCAGCUGGUGAUAGACAGUGUGGAGAAGAAGGAUGCUGGAGAGUACAUCUGUGAGGCUGGGACUGAGAAGCUGGCCUUUAAGAUACAUGUGGCAGAAGCCCAGUCAGCUUUUGUCAGUAAAGAAUCUGUGCAGAAGGAAGUGAAAGCCACUCUCUCCCAGAAAGCCACUCUUAGUUGUGAGGUAGCUGAUACCAAGACAGAGGUGAAAUGGUACAAGGAUGGAAAGCUGCUGACUUCCAGCAAGACAAUACAUGCAGAGUCAAAGGGCAAGAGUCGCCAGCUGGUGAUUGACAGUGUGGAGAAGAAAGAUUCUGGAGAGUACAUCUGUGAAGCUGGAACUGAGAAACUGGUCUUUAAGAUACAUGUGGCAGAAGCCCAGUCAGCUUUUGUCAGUAAAGAAUCUGUGCAGAAGGAGGUGAAAACCACUCUCUCCCAGAAAGCCACUCUUAGUUGUGAGGUAGCUGAUACCAAGACAGAGGUGAAAUGGUACAAGGAUGGAAAGCUGCUGACUUCCAGCAAGACAAUACAUGCAGAGUCAAAGGGCAAGAGUCGCCAGCUGGUGAUUGACAGUGUGGAGAAGAAAGAUUCUGGAGAGUACAUCUGUGAGGCUGGAACUGAGAAACUGGUCUUUAAGAUACAUGUGGCAGAAGCCCUCCCAGCCUUCGUCAGUAAAGAGUCGGUACAGAAGGAAGUGAAAGCCACUCUCUCCCAAAAAGCCACUCUUAGUUGUGAGGUAGCUGAUACCAAGACAGAGGUGAAAUGGUACAAGGAUGGAAAGCUGCUGACUUCCAGCAAGACAAUACAUGCAGAGUCAAAGGGCAAGAGUCGCCAGCUGGUGAUAGACAGUGUGGAGAAGAAGGAUGCUGGAGAGUACAUCUGUGAGGCUGGGACUGAGAAGCUGGUCUUCAAAAUCCAGCUGGCAGAGGCAGCUUUCUCCAACAAGGAAACAGUUCAGAAGGAGGUGAAAACCACUCUCUCCCAGAAAGCCACUCUUAGUUGUGAGGUAGCUGAUACCAAGACAGAGGUGAAAUGGUACAAGGAUGGAAAGCUGCUGACUUCCAGCAAGACAAUACAUGCAGAGUCAAAGGGCAAGAGUCGUCAGCUGGUGAUAGACAGUGUGGAGAAGAAGGAUGCUGGAGAGUACACCUGUGAGGCUGGGACUGAGAAACUGGUCUUUAAGAUACAUGUGGCAGAACCCCCGGCUGGCUUCUCUAACAAGGAGUCGGUCCAGAAGGAGGUGAAAGCAACUAUGUCCAAGAAAGCCACUCUGAGCUGUGAGGUUUCUGAUUCCAAGACUGAGGUCAAGUGGUACAAAGACGGAAAGUUGCUGACCUCCAGCAAAGCAGUUCACAUGGAGACGAAGGGAAGGAGCCGUGAGCUGGUGAUAGAAAAAAUUGAGAAAAAGGAUGCUGGAGAAUACACAUGUGAGGUCGGAACAGAGAAGCUGGUAUUUAAGCUGCAGGUGGCUGAUGUAGCUGCAACGUUCCAGAAGAAGUCUGUCAAGGACACGUGUAUUGUUCAAACAACUGAAAGCAUUGUUUUGACCACUGAACUGACCACAGAGAGUGCUAGUGUGAGGUGGUUUAGAGAUGGCGUGGCACUCAAGGAGAGCAGCAAGUACGAAAUGAAAAAAGACGGCCUUUCUCGUACUCUGAUAGUGAAAUCAGCUGAAUCAAAAGACAGUGGAACGUACUCCUGUCAAACUGCUGAUGACAAACUAGAGUUCAAAGUCCAGGUUAAAGAGUCAGCUUUGAAGUUUGUUGUUCCUUUGAAACCUGAUACAGUGGAAUUGGGAGGUACCCUAAGCCUGAUUUGUGAAUUAAACCAAGCCUCAGGGGAUGUUGUCUGGCACCACAAUGGUUCUGAGAUUAAACAUGGCGCCAGGCACAGUAUCAGGACAGAUGGUGCAAGGCGGGUUCUCACUGUGACUGGCAUGACUAAGGAAGAUGAAGGAGAAUACAGCUGUGAAUGUAAAAAUGACAAGACCUCUGCUAAAGUCUCCUCAAAAGAAUCCAGAGUGGUGAGGCUCAGUGCCAAACUGAACAAUGUGGCUGCAAUGGAGGGAAAAGAGGCCAUUUUCAAGUGUGCUGUCAUCCCAGCGGACGCCAUUGUUAAAUGGUUCCACAACAAUAUACCCAUCACUGCUGGGCCCAAGUAUAAGAUUGAGCAUGGUGGCAACAGCCACUCAGUCACCAUCAUGUCUGUCACACAAAAAGAUGCAGGAGAGAUUAGUGUUGACGCAGAAGGCAAAAGCUGCAAAGCUACUCUGCAAGUGCAACAUGAGCCUGUCACAUUUAAGAAAAAGCUGGAGAAUGUGACGGUGGAGGAGCAGAGUGAGGUGAAGCUGGAGGUGGAGCUCAGUAAACCAUCAGAUGAAGUCAGGUGGAUGAAAAACAGUGUAGUGUUGCAGCCUGCAGGACAUAUGGAGAUUCGAGUAGACGGAGCCAAGCAGGCUCUUGUCUUCAAGAGUGUGACUCAUGCUGACCGUGGCUACUACUCCUGUGAAACUCUGGAUGAUAAGACCCAGGCCAAGCUCAAUGUGGAAAUGAAGAAAAUCUCGAUAAUAAAGGGCCUGAAAGAAAUCAAGGCACAUGAGACAGAGACAGUAACUCUUGAGGUGGAACUCAGCCAGGCUGAUGUUGAAGGCACCUGGACCAGGGAUGGGGCCAAGAUUAAGUUAGGGUCCAAUUGCCGCAUCACAGCUCUGGGAAAGAAGCACGCCCUUACAUUGUCCAAUCUGAAGAGAGAGGAUGAAGGAACUUUUGCCUUCCGUGUAGACGAUGUUCAUACUUCUGGCAAACUGAUUGUCACAGAACCUCCCGCUAUGAUCUCCAAGCCUAUUAUGGAUAUCAGUGUUCCAGAGAAGGAGAAGGUUACUUUUGAAUGUGAAGUUUCCAGGACAAAUGCAGAUGUUAAAUGGUUAAAGGAUGAUGUGGAACUGAAACCAGGGAAGAACUUUGGCAUCCAUUCCUUGGGCCGAAAGCGUACUUUGGUCCUCCACAAAUGCGCCCCUGCAGAUGCAGGCACUUACAUCUGCCGCACCACUGAUGAUAACACCUCUGCCAAGCUCACCGUUCAUGCCAGAGAUAUUAAGAUUGUUAAGAAGCUGGAAGAUGUGGAGGUGAUGGAGAAGGAGAAUGCUUCAUUUGUCUGUGAAAUCUCACAUGAUGAAGUGGACUGCCAGUGGUAUAAAGGAAAUACCAAAAUCAAAGUCAGUGACAACAUCAAGAUGAGGCAAGAAGGCAGAACCUAUGUACUGCUGUUUAAGUCUGUUUCCCCAGAAGAUAUCGGUGAGAUUAAGUUUACAGCUGAGAAGGCCUCUUCUACUGCAAAACUUAAUGUUAAAGAGCUGCCUGUGAAGUUUGUGAAGAAACUCAGGGAUAAGAUAGCGAUGUAUAAGCAUCGUGGUCAUCUUGAAUGCCAAGUGUCGCGUGCCAGUGCAAAGGUGAAGUGGUACAAGAAUAAGAUGGAGCUCAAACCCAGCAAGAAGUAUGGGAUCCAAAGUGAAGAUGUGUACCGAAAACUCACCAUCAAUGAUGUGGAUUCCGGGGAUGAAGACACAUAUACCUGUGAUGCCACUGAUGACAAGACAUCCUGUAAACUGCUCGUGGAAGAACAGUCCAUAAGCAUUGUGCGGGAGAUUAGUUCAGUAGAAGUGACAGAACCCUUUGCAGCUGUCUUCGAAGCUGAAAUCAGUAUGGAACUGGUGAAACCUCCUACUUGGACUCUGAAUGGAGUUGUUGUUCAGGAGAGUGCUGAUGUUGAAAUGGAGAAGGAGGGCACAAUGCAUCGUCUCACUUUCAAAAAGACCAAAGCAUCAAUGACGGGACCUGUGCAGUUCACAGCUGGGAAGAGCAAGUCUCAGGCCCAGCUCACAGUCAAAGAGCGUCCACUUGAGAUUGCAGAGCCCAUCAAAGAUGUGAAGGCGAAGGAGAAAGCCUCAGCCCUACUCACCUGCAAAUUUUCUGCCUCGCCGAAAGAGAUUAAUUGGUUCAAAGGUCAGGUACCUUUGACAGCAUCAGACAAGUAUAACAUUAAGCAAGAUGGUACUAGGGCUCAACUUACAAUUCAAAGGUUGACUGAGGAAGACAGUGGAGAGUACCACUGUCGGUCAGGACCUGCAGAGACUAAAGGCAACCUCACUGUUGAAGUGCGUGAAAUGAAGAUCACCAACCACUUGGCUGACACAGAGGUUGAUGAAGACAAUGAUGCAACGUUUAUAUGUGAGAUUAACUAUGCAGAUGAAGAGGUACAAUGGCUUCUGAAUGACAAGGUGCUCUUCACUAAUGAAGUCAAUACCAUAACCCAUGAGGGAAAAGUUCACAAGCUCUCUCUUAAGAACUUGGCACCUCAGGAUGGGGGAACGAUCACCUUCCAAGUCCGCAAAUUGAAAGAGUCUGUCACACUGAAAGUUAAAGAGAAACGUGCCGUGUUCCUCAAGUCUCUGGAUGAUGUCAUUGGAGAGGAGAAAGGCAUGAUAACUCUGGCAUGUGAGGCCUCCAAGCCCAGGGUUUCCCCCAUAUGGAAGAAAGAAGGUAAGGUUUUGAAGGCUGGACCAAAGUAUGAGCUUCUUCACACAGGCAAGUCUUUGGGAUUGAUCAUCAAGGAUGUCACCAAAGAAGAUGCUGGAGAAUACAGUUGUGAUCUUGGGACUGAAGUUUCUAAGUCAAAGGUUACUGUAAGAGAAAUUGGCAUUGGAAUCACCAAAUGGCUGAAGUCAGCUGAGGUGAAUGAGGGAGAGACAUGUAGCUUUGAGUGCAUCUUAUCUCGUGAGAGCACAGAUGAGUGCUCCUGGACUCUUAAUGGCCAAACAAUUACAAAUGAAGGCCGCUACAAGAUCUCCAGUAAAGGACGCAAGUACAUGCUGACCAUUAAGGAUGUCACCCCGGCUGAUGCUGGAGAGGUGGUCUUCAACCUUAAAGACCUGAGCUCUAAAACAACAUUAGCAGUUGAAGGAAAAGCUUCAUCUGUGUCGAAGGAACUAGAGAAUGUUAGUGUUGUUGAAGGAGAAGAAGCUGUAUUUACCUGUGAAGUGACACAAACUACUUCCACUGUGAAAUGGACCAAGGAAAGCAAAGUCAUCAAGAAGAGCCAGAAGUAUGACAUCUGCCAAGAGGAUAGGGUCAUGAAGUUGAUCAUCCAUAAUGUCUCUGCUCAAGACUCCGGAGAGUACAGCUGUGAAGUUGUUGGAGGUGCAACCACAAAGGCCAAGCUGGAGAUCAAGGAGCCAAUCCAUACAUUUACUAAAGAACUAAAGGACAGCCAAGCAGACGAGAAGAGCUCUGUGACUUUGCAAUGUGAGACUGCACAAACCCCAUCCACAGUGAUUUGGCUUAAAGGUCACACAGAGCUCAAGGCUGGAGGUCGAUAUGAGAUGUCCCAGAAGGAGGGAGUCUUAACUCUCAGCAUCAAACAUCUGGAGGAAAAAGACACAGAUAUCUACACUUGUGACGUGGGCACUGCCAAGAGCAUGUCAAAGGUGACAGUCAAAGUCCUGCCUGCCACUUUUAAGGGGAAGCUCAACAACCAGGAUAAAAAGGAAGGCGAGACUGUGACACUUAGCUGUGAGUUAUCAAAACCUGCAGCUGACGUUCAGUGGAAGAAAGGAUCUGAAAUUCUCAAAGCUGGAGAGAAGUACGAGAUCAAGCAGAGGGAGACUUCUUGUGAGCUUCAGAUCAAGAGUUUGAAGGUUGAAGAUAGUGGAGAGUACUCUUGCGUGUGUGGGGACCAGAAGACAUCUGCAACCGUGAAAGUCAAUGCAUUACCACCGACCUUUACAAGAAAGCUAGAGAGCCAGAAAGCUGAAGAGGGAGCCGACAUUAUUCUUUGUUGUGAGAUCUCUAAACCUGGAGUCCAAGUGGAGUGGAAGAAGGGAACACAAGUCCUGAAGUCUGGAGAAAAGUACCAGAUGAAGCAGACGGCCUCUGUGAAUGAACUUCUGAUUAACAAAGUGGUGCCAGAAGACAGUGGAGACUACAGCUGCAUGUGUGGAGACCAGAAGACCACGGCCAGUCUCAAAAUUAAGGCUCAACCAGUGACGUUCAAACAGAAGUUGGAAAGCCAGGAGUCAGAGGAAGGAGCUAGUGUUAUUUUACGCUGUGAGAUCUCUAAACCUGGAGUCCCAGUGGAGUGGAAGAAAGGAUCAGAAGUCCUGAAGUCUGGAGAGAAGUACCAGAUGAAGCAGGUGGGCUCUGUGAAUGAACUCCAGAUUGCUAAAGUGGUGCCAGAAGACAGUGGAGACUACAGCUGUGUGUGUGGAGACCAGAAGACUACUGCCAGCCUCAAGAUCAAGGCCCAACCAGUGACCUUCAAACAGAAGCUGCAAAGUCAGGAGGCAGAGGAAGGAGCCAGUGUUACUAUGCAAUGUGAGAUCUCUAAACCUGGAGUCCAAGUGGAGUGGAAGAAGGGAACACAGGUCCUGAAGGCUGGAGAAAAGUACAGGAUGAAGCAGACGGCCUCCGUGAAUGAACUUCUGAUUAACAAAGUAGUGCCAGAAGACAGUGGAGACUACAGCUGUAUGUGUGGAGACGAGAAAACAACAGCCAACCUCAACGUUAAGGCCCAACCAGUGACAUUCAAACAGAAGUUGGAGAGUCAGGAGGCAGAGGAAGGAGCUAGUGUUACGUUACGCUGUGAGAUCUCUAAACCUGGAGUCUCAGUGGAGUGGAAGAAGGGAGUGCAAGUACUGAAGGCUGGAGAGAAGUACCAGAUGAAGCAGACGACCUCUGUGAAUGAACUCCAGAUUGCUAAAGUGGUGCCAGAAGACAGUGGAGACUACAGCUGUAUAUGUGGAGACCAGAAGACUACUGCCAGUCUCAAGAUCAAGGCUUCUCCAGUCAUAUUUCUUCAAAAUGUGGAAAGUCAAGAGGCUGAGGAGGGAAGCAGUGUUACUCUGCGUUGCAAGCUUUCUAGACCUGGAUUAUCUGUCGAGUGGAAGAAGGGAAGUCAAGUCCUGAGUUGUGGAGAAAAGUACCAGAUGAACCAAACAGGAUUCAGUUAUGAAUUACAGAUCUUUGAUUUGAGACCUGAAGACACAGGAAGCUACUCUUGCUCUUCAGAGGAUGCAAUAAGCUCAGCCUCUCUUACAGUAAAUGCUCUCCCAGUUACUUUCACAAAAGAGCUGGAGAGUCAAACAACAAAGGAAGGGGACAGUGUCACUCUGUGCUGUGAGCUCUCUAAACCUGGUGUUCCUUUGGAGUGGAGGAAAGGAGAACUUGGUCUUUGCCCAUGUGCCAAGUAUGAAAUUAGACAGACGGAACACCUCAACACACUAGUGAUCCAUGAUGUAGAUGUAGAGGAUGCUGGAUGUUACACAUGUGACACUGGGGAUCAUCAAAGCACUGCACAACUAACUGUGAAGGCCCAGCCUGUCCUUUUCAAAACCCAGCUGCAGAACAUUGAAAAACAGGCAGGCGAGAGCGCUAGCCUUUGUUGUGAGACCACAAAGCCAGGAGCCAGUGUGAUCUGGAGGUGUGGUGACAGGGUGCUGGCAUCCAGCAGCAAGUAUCACCUAAAACAAGAAGGGACGGUAGUAGAGCUUGUCAUCUUUAAACUUCAGGGAGCUGACUCAGGGGAGUAUUCAUGUGAUACAGGCAGUCAGAGGACUUCAGGUGUCCUCACUGUGCAGGAGGUUGAGGUUACAAUACUUAAAUUCUUGGAGAGCUGCGUCGUAUCUGAAGGUGAAGAUGUCCACUUCAAAUGUCUGGUUUCUCAUGAAGAGGCACCUCUGGCCCACUGGAAACUCCAGGACGUCCCACUACAGAAUAACGAAAUGAAUCUUAUUGAGACUGAAGGCCAGUCGCACAGCCUCACACUGCGUGGUGUCACCACAGCUGACUCAGGCACAGUGACUUUCUCGGUGGGUAGCCACACAUCCACUGCCUCUCUGACAGUCAGAGCUGCAGCUGUAUUAUUCAAGAAGGAGCUGGAGAGUCAAGAGGCCACAGAAGGCGACAAAAUCACUCUGUCCUGCGAGACAUCCAGCCCUGAUUGCAAGGUGACCUGGCGGAAGGGCUCGAGUCUGCUUACUCAUGGGGAGAAGUAUACUAUGGAGCAGAGAGCCACCACUCACAACCUGGUUAUACACAAGCUGAAUGUGGACGAUAGUGGAGAGUAUACCUGUGAUACAGGUGACAAGAAAAGCACUGCUACCGUGACUGUGAAAGAACAUGUGCGCAUCAUCCGGGAACUCUGUGAUAUGACUGCGACCACUGGGCAGGAUGCUGUCUUUGAAGUCGAGUUGUCUCACUCAGGUGUAACAAAUGGGGAAUGGUGGCUCGGAGACAAUCUCCUUCAAAAUAAUGAUCUGAAUCAAAUGAGCAUCCAUGGUAGAGUGCACCGUUUGGCCUUGAAGAUGGUAACCACAGAUGAAUCAGGAGAUGUUGCCUUCGUAGUGGGAGAAGAGAAGUGUGUGGCGUGUCUGCAGGUGGAGGAGAAACCCAAAGUGCUAAUACUAGAGAAGCCACAUGACACUGUGGCAGUAGAGGGUGAAACUGUCACUCUGGCCUGCACCAUCUCUGACUCCAAGGCUAAUGUCACCUGGAUGAGAAACAACACAGCCAUCAAAGCAGGUCUCAAGUAUGACCUAAGGAAAAAUGGAGCAUUCCAACAGCUUCGGAUCCAUAACCUGGUGCCUGAGGAUUCAGGGAUGUACACCUGUGACACUGGAGAUGCACAGUGUGACGUCACCUUGACUGUGGAAGGGGCCCCAGCAGUCUUCCAGAAGGAGCUCAAGAACCUGGAUGCCAUGGAGGGUGAUGACGCUACUCUUUGCUGUGAGCUGUCUAAGCCAGGUGUUCGUGUUGAGUGGAGGAAAGGAGGCAAGGUCCUCCAGCCUGGUAAGAAGUAUGAGAUGAGGCAGGAAAGGUGCAUUCAAGAGCUCUGCAUACGGAACCUGGAGCCGGAAGACUGUGGCUACUACACCUGUGACACAGGAGAGCAGCUCACUACAGCCUCCUUGGCAGUGCAAGUGAAAGAAGUCUUCAUUGUGUGUGGUCUUAAGACCACUGACGUCUUUGUUGGAGAAUGGGCAACCUUCUCCUGCCAGCUGUCUGAUAGGGCACCUGGCAAAGUGCAGUGGUGGUUGGAUGGCAAUUUGCUGGAGAACAGCCCUUUUAGUGAGAUAGAGCUGAACGAGAGCCACAUCCAUACACUCACCUUAAAGAACCUGGCCACAGAUGACUCUGGCACUGUCACGUUCAAAGCUGGCAGUUUAACAUCAACAGCCAAGCUCCUAGUCAAAGAUCCCACAGUUGAAGUGGUGAAUGAAAUGGAGGACCUUCGGGUGCUUGAAAACCAACCGGCUGAGUUCAUCUGCCAGUUCUCAAGGCCAGUCAAGGCUCAAUGGAUGAAAGACGGCCAACCAUUGCAGCCUGACGGCCGAAGGGUGGUGGUGGAGCAGGACUGGAAUGUGGCUCGCUUGUACAUUAGCCGAGUGUCCGCUGUGGACAAGGGCACAUACUCCUGUGAAGCAGAGGGGACCUGUGUGGUAGCUUCACUUCAUGUGGAAGCCAAACCCAUUGAAAUUGUCCAGGGCCUGGAGAAUAUGGAAACCUUUGAUGGAGGUGAAACAUUGUUUGAGUGUGCCCUCUCUCGUCCUGAGAGCAAAGAUUGCUGUUGGCUUCUUGAUGGGAAACCAGUGAAAGAAUCACCUAAUGCUGAGAUUGUGUCAUUUGAGAGUGGUCGUCGUCACCUGCUCCUGCUCAAAGAGUUGAGUGUUAAAGACAGUUGCACAGUGACCUUCAAAGCUGGUACAGCGUCCACAUCUGCCCAACUCUCUGUCAAAGGCUGGCAGCUUGAAGUUGUAAAGGGUCUGGAGGACAAGGUGGCUGCAGUGGGAGAGAAGGUUGAGUUUUGUGUUGAGUUGACCGAGCCUGUCCCUGGAGCAGAAGUAGCCUGGUAUGCCAAUGGAAUCGAGCUCAAGCCUAGUGACCUCUGGGCUAUGAGGGCUGAUGGCUGCUCUUAUUGCCUUGUCCUGAGACAGGCACCUCUUUUGCCCCAGCAGGAAAUUACAUUCGCAGCUAGAGAUGCUCUCUCUUUGGCCAAGCUCACCAUUGUCACUGUACCGGAUCCUCCAGAGGACCCAGAGGUCCUCAGUAAGACUCAACAGUCUGUCACCCUUUCUUGGUUCACUCCUCUACAUAAUGGAGGGAGUCCCAUUCUGGGCUAUAGGGUGGAGAUGCGGCUUGUAGACAGUGCCCUCUGGCUCCCAUGCCAGUCUGAACCUGUGUGCAACACAGAGUUUUUGGUUGAAAAUCUUCUUCCAGGGAGUAGCUACAGGUUUAGAGUGGCAGCCAUCAACAGAGCUGGGAUUGGAGAACCUGUUGAGCUGCCUCAGACUGUGCAGCUUGGUACAGAGGCAACACCACUAGAGUCUGAAAUAAUGAAGCAGCCCAGUCUGCCCCCUGAAGCUGCAGAAGAAGGUGAUGUCCAUGAAUUAUGGGAGGCAUCAGCAAAGAAACGACGCAUGAGUCGAGAGCCCACUCUGGAUUCCAUCACUGAACAGCCAGAAGACGAUGGUAAAGGUGGUCAAAAGAAAUCAGAACAGAAGGAGGAGAAAGUGGAAACAAAGUCAACCGAGAAGGAGCAGGCCAUUGUUACUAAAACAGAGUCCAGUUUGUACACCAGCUCUGAGGAUGAGUCAGUGACUGGGGGUCCAACGCUUGUGUCCUACCUUAAGAAAAGCAGCAAGACUUCUUCUGUCACAGCAACAGGUGAGUCAGAGACUCUGGCCACUGAUAGGUUCUUUGCACAUUUCCAGAUGACAGAGCAGAAAACAGUGCAGCAGACUGAAGUGAAAACAACCAUAAUUCAGCAGACAGAUACAAAACAAGUGUCUACAGAGGAGACUAACAUCAUGGAGAUAAGUCAAGGUGAUGAGCCUGAGCUCAGAGAUGCUGCUGUUAAGAUUCAAGCUGCCUUUAAGGGCUACAAGACCCGCAAAGACAUGCGUCCUGUUUUCAAAGAUGUAUUCAAAGACCAGACCAAAGAACCUAGUGGCACCAUACAUCUGGAAUGUGUGGCAGAAGGUAAACCAGAUAAGGUGCGCUGGCUGAAGGAUGGAGAACCACUGACGGAUGGCAAACACCAUCAUAUUGAUAUCUACAAUGAUGGUACUUGCUCACUGGUCAUCACUGCCAUCACCACAAAGGAUACUGGAGUUUACACCUGUGAAGUCACCAACAAGUUUGGAGUCACCUCUCAUAGUGGUAAGGUUACAGUGGGAACAGUAAGAGAGUCAUCUGGGCGAAGGCCACUGACGGUGGGCUACAGUGCUGACAGCGAGCCUGAGAGCUCAUCAGGUAGUGAGAUGGAUGAGUCACUGAGGCAGGCAAGCAGACGCCUCAGGCGCUUGUUGCGUACACGUCUCCCUCCAGAUGUGGAGGAAGAACCAUUUGUCAGUGCAGAUGAAGGAGACCUGCGUCCCCCAGAUCCUCAUUCUUAUCGUGAGGAUGACAACUACAUUUACAUUCGCUUUGAUUCACGAACAGAGGCUGAGGUCGCCUCAAAGAGGUUCCAGGAGAUGUUUACAAUCCAUGGGGUUCCUGUAGAGACAACCAUCCUAGAGGCAGGUCUUAAAGUGGAGCUGCGAAUUAAAAAGAUGGGCUACUCUGAAGAUGGCACAGAGACCCCUACACAAGAUAGAGAGCCUCCUGCAUUCAUGACUGGAGCGCCUGCUGCCCCAGUCUUCCUGACAGAGCUACGGAGUCAGGAUGUUCCAGAUGGAUAUCCAGUUAGCUUUGACUGUGUGGUGAUUGGCAAGCCCUCUCCCACCAUUCGCUGGUAUAAGGAUGGCAAAUUGCUGGAGGAGAAUGACCAUUACAUGAUCAAUGAAGACCAAGAGGGCUGCCACCAACUAAUUAUCACCACUGUGCUGCCCACUGACAUGGGUGUCUAUCGCUGUACAGCUGAAAACAGCAGCGGCAUUGCAGCCACUAAGGCUGAACUCAGGGUUGACAUGUCUUGCAGCUCAGAUUAUGACACUGCUGCUGAUGCCACUGAGACAUCUUCCUAUGUCAGUGCCAAGGGCUACCUGUCCAGGGAAACUGAGACCUUUGAGUCUGUGACUGAAGAUGAUCAGUUACCACAAGUUGUGGAUGAACUUCAUGAUGUUCAUGUCAGUCCAGGUGCACCUAUUGCAAAGUUGCAGCUCAGAGUAAAGGGCUUCCCCAAACCCAGAAUAUACUGGUUCAAAGACGGCCAUCCUCUGCGGGCCUCAAAAAGGAUUCUGUUGCAAGCAGGGCGAGAUGUUCAUGGCGUGGAGAUCCUGGAGGUGAAGAAAGAGGACAUGGGGGAGUACUCUGCUUACAUUAGCAAUGCAGCCGGUUCUGCUUACUCCUCUGCCCGACUGAUUGUCCUAAAACCAGGAGAGAUUAUGCCUCAAGAUAAAACAGCCCCCAAAGAACCCCUGGUGCCACCACGCUUCCUUGAAAGAUUCAGUAACAGGAAGGUGAAACAAGGAACCAGCAUCACUUUGUCUGUCAAAGUAGAAGGGUCUCCUACUCCUAUGGUCUCCUGGCUAAAGGAGGAAUCAAUUGAGGAUGUCCUGUGGAUCAAGCCUGAUACCAAGGGGUACAAAAUAGCGAGUUCCGGGCGCCAGCACAGCCUCAUCUUGAUGGACGUGGGAACAGAGUACACUGGUGCCUAUACGUGUAUCGCCACAAAUAGGGCAGGACAGUCCAUCUUCACAGCCCACCUCGAGGUGGAUGACACACCACAACCAAAGCAAGAGACCAAAGUCACAGAGGUUCUUGGGAUUACAGUUAGUCCUCCAGAGGAUGAGGCUAACAGAGGAAAAGAGGGUAAAAUGCCCUACCUAGGGGAAGUUGGUACAGAGGAAUUCCUCAUGAAACUCACCUCCCAGAUUACUGAAAUGGUAUCAGCCAAGUUCACUCAAGACAGCUCACAGAAUCACGAAGUGCUCCAGUGGAUGAAAACUUGGCCCAAAGCUACCACUUCAUUACGUGUACCAGGUGGUGACAGUGAUGACGAGACUAAGACCCCUUCUCCAUCACCUCAUCACGGUCGCUCUCGUCCUCCCUCCCUCAUUGCGGACUCCUCCUCUGAGUCUGAUGAGGGGGAUGCCAGAGGAGAGAUGUUUGACAUCUAUGUGGCAACGGCUGACUACAACCCAACCAUUGCAAGCAAAGAAUCCAUCUCCCUGAAGGAGGGGCAGUAUGUUGAGGUUUUGGAUUCAGCUCAUCCACUCAAGUGGUUAGUCCGGACCAAACCCACCAAAACUACACCAUCUCGCCAAGGAUUCGUUUCACCUGCCUACCUGGACAGGAAACUAAAACUCACUGCUGAUACAGGUGAUCUUCCAGAAACGAAUGUAGAGGAGGUAUCUGAGGGAGAAUACAAGAGGAAAUUAUUCCAAUUGAUUCAGGACUUGAUCAAAGGUGAAUCAGAGUUUGUGAAAGAGGUGAACUUCUUUACCUCCCAUCACCUGAAGCAUGCAGACUGUGCUGAUGCACCACCGGAUGUCAGCAGCUGCAAGAAAGACAUAUUUAGGAACAUUGAUGAUAUCAAGGCCUUCCACAGCAAUGCCUUCCUCCCAAAGUUAAAUGACUGUGAGACAGAUGAUGAUAUAGCCAUGUGCUUCCUGAAGAACAAAGGGGGCUUUGAGCAGUACCUCCAGUAUCUUGUAGGUCAGCCUCAGGCUGAAUCUGCCCUCAGUGACAAGACUGUCCACCGCUUCUUUAAGGAGUACAGUGAGAAAGAGCAAGCCACUGCAGACCCAGCAGGUCCCCCUGUACGCAGCAUCAACACCUAUGUCCAACAACCACUGGAUAGGAUUCAGAAGUACAAGGCCUUCCUCAAGGAGCUCAUUAAAAACAAGGCGAGAAAUGGUCAGAACUGCUGCCUCCUGGAAGAAGCAUAUGCCAUGGUCUCUGCACUUCCUCAGCGCUCUGAGAAUACGCACCAUGUCUCCAUGAUUGAGAACUAUCCUGCAACCCUGGAAGCACUAGGAGAGCCACUUAGACAGGGACCUUUCCAAGUGUGGGAGGGAGCUCCUGGAAUUAGGACGUCCUCUAGAGGUCACCACCGCCACGUCUUUCUCUUUAAGAACUACUGUGUAAUCUGCAAACCCAAGAGAGACAGCAACACUGAUACACAAGCAUAUGUCUUCAAGAACAUGAUGAAGCUGAACAACAUCGAUGUGAAUGAGACAGUGGAGGGUGAUGACCGUGCUUUUGAGAUCUGGCAUGAACGCGAGGACUCAGUCAGGAAAUAUACCUUGCAGGCCAGAACGGUUACCAUCAAAAACUCAUGGCUGAGAGACUUCCGAGAACUACAGCAGCGAUACAGCAUGCCAUCUUGGAGUCACCCAGACUUUGAUGAAAUUCUGGCAAAUUGUACAGCGGAACUGGGACAGACUGUUAAACUGGCUUGUAAAGCCACUGGAGUACCCAAGCCUGUGGUCACCUGGUACAAGGAUGGACGUGCAGUGGAGGCAGAUCCUCAUCACAUCAUCAUUGAGGACCCAGAUGGUUCCUGCACACUGAUCCUCGAUAACAUGACAGCAGAUGAUUCUGGCCAGUACAUGUGCUUUGCCACAAGUGCAGCUGGCAAUGCCAGCACUCUUGGCAAGAUCACUGUUCAGGUGCCUCCUCGUUUUGUCAAUAAAAUGAGGAACGCUAUCUUUGUUGCUGGUGAGGAUGCUCAGUUCACCUGCGUCAUACAGAGUGCUCCCAGCCCAAAGAUCAGGUGGUUCAAGGAUGGCAGGCUGCUGACUGAUCAGGAAAAGUAUCAGACCUACAGUGAACUCCGUAGUGGAGUUCUGGUCUUGGUAAUAAAAAGCCUAACAGAGAGAGAUCUGGGACACUACGAGUGUGAGUUGUCCAACCGUCUCGGCAGUGCCAAGUGUGCUGCUGAUUUAAUUCCACCCUCCGCUGUGGCUCGCAGUGGUGAGCAGGCAAUCAGGAUUGAAGUUACAGAGCAGGAGACUAAAAUACCAAAGAAAACCAUAAUCAUUGAGGAGACUAUAACCACUGUGGUGAAGAACCCACGUAUGAGGAGGCACAGGUCCCCUGGCUUGACUCUUGCUGGAACCCACCGCUUAGAGACUGCCACCCCAGAGCCCCCCACAGCCAGGCAAAGGAGGAUACCCACUCCAAGAAAGACCACCAUCCCAACCCUCUAUGUUACUGAGCCCGAAGGUGCUGAGGCCAGGGUCACGGAGAGCAAGCCCAAGUGGGUUGAGGUAGAGGAGGUCAUUGAGUACAAGGUCAAUAAAUCUCCCAGGAUGCCCAGGAGGAGAGGCAUCUCACCAGCAGCAUCUGAUCGUGCAGCCACUCCCUCCAGACCCAAAAGGUCUCCACCAGAAAACCCAAAUGCCAAUAAUUCCAACAACAAGCUGGUGGAGCAGGCAGAGGCCCAGCUGCAAGGAGACGUCAGCAGCCAGCCUCUCUCUUGGGAAGACGAGGAUGGUAACGCUCCCUCUGGUUCUGUCACUGCAGUCAUCGGGGAGCCAUAUGAGCUCUCAUCUGUCCUUACCACAGAUGUAGAGGACAGUGAGGACCUGGAUGACCAACAGACUGUCAUCUUUGAGCCCGAUGAUGAAGAUAAUGAUCUUGACCUUUACAGAAAGCAGGAACCGAAGAUCCUGACACACGGAGACCGUGUUUUGACACUCGAGGACCUGGAAGAUUAUGUCCCAGAAGAAGGUGAGACCUACGGCUCCUCCAGUACCCACCACACCCCUGUUGAAAAGCCCUGUGAGAUCUCUGUGCUCCAGAGGGAGAUUGGCGGAUCCACGGUGGGACAGCCGGUGCUCCUCAACGUGGGUCGGCCCAUCGUGGCCCCGAGGCAGAGGAGUGGCUUCUUCGGUCGCUUCAGGGAUCAACUCUCCAGCAGCCUUUUCUCAUCUGCUGUCCCCCAAGCCAGCGGCGCCCGGUCUACAACGGAGAGGCACGUCCCCAUUCAAGUGAGCCAUGCAAAGCUGGAAGUGAAGCCUUCAUACUGCUCCGAGGUGCAGAGAGUUGAAGGUGGGCAGCAGAGCUUUAAAACCAAAGUGUCAACUCAGACCUACGGCUACACAUCAGUGGGGAACCCAGUCACUCUUCAAAUAAGUGAUAAUCUUUAUCAGAACCAGUAGCUUUAAAAUAACUGGGCUAUAAUAAAAGAUAAUGUACUGACACAAACCCUCUUAGUCUUAAAUGGGGACAUUUCCACUUACAUGAUGAAUAAGACAUAUCCUAACCUGAAGUAUAUUUACUGUAUUUGACAAACCAUUCCAUUUUGAAACUACCCAUCAGAAAAUAGGCUCAUCAGGUCUUUUUCUUGUCAAAUGGUUAGAGUCAGAUGGUCUCUUAGGUGUUUAGACAAUUCUAUUGACAAAACUCUAAAGAAGAGAGAAAACGUGAGUAUAAAUUAUGUCACUAUAAGCAGGUUUCAGUCCCACACUGUUCAGUUAUGACAUUUCAUGUAUGUGUUGUAUAAUACACAGUGGACAGUAGCCAAGAAACCAAGGCUUGACAUUUGACUGAUGGACUUUUGAAGGCUCUAACAUUACAAAAUGU